GGUUUCCGCUUUCCCACACGAGAUACACAGCUGCAACAGUAUCUUGUCAACAAUGGUAGUCGAAGCUUUCGAACUCUGCACCGUGCCUUUCAAUUCCGAUGGCUGGGGUCCUCCAGACGCUUCCGACGUCUCUUCCUCCGCCUCCUCAACCAGCGUCGCCGCCGCAAACCUUCUCCCGAACGUUCCCUUCGCCUCCUUCUCCCGCUCGGAGAAGCUCGGCCGUGUAGCUGAUUGGACUCGCAAUCUCUCUAACCCCUCCGCUCGUCCUCACACCGGAUCCAAAUCCGAUCCGUCUGCGGUUUUCGAUUUCUCCGCCUUCGCCAUCGACGAAGGAUUCGGUAUCACUCCUUCCGGUGGAAACCCCGAUGAGGACGCAGCUUUCCGUCUCGUCGACGGCAAGCCUCCGCCGCGUCCCAAAUUCGGACCUAAAUGGCGUUUCAAUCCUCACCACAACCGGAAUCAGCUUCCCCAGCGACGAGACGAGGAAGUCGAGGCGAAGAAGCGUGACGCGGAGAAGGAUCGAGCUCGCCGUGAUCGUCUCUUCAAUCACAACAGAAACAACAUCCACCACCAUUACCAGCGCCGCGAAGCCGCCUCGUUCAAAUCAUCAGUCGAUAUCCAGCCGGAGUGGAACAUGCUCGAGCAGAUCCCUUUCUCGACCUUCUCCAAGCUCUCGUUCUCCGUUCAAGAACCAGAGGAUCUCCUUCUCUGCGGUGGCCUCGAGUACUACAACCGCAUCUACGACCGCAUAACGCCUAAAAACGAACGCAGGCUCGAGCGUUUCAAGAACAGGAACUUCUUCAAGGUCACGACGAGUGACGAUCCCGUCAUCAGACGGCUCGCUAAGGAAGACAAAGCCACAGUUUUCGCCACUGAUGCUAUCUUAGCGGCUCUUAUGUGCGCUCCUCGAUCCGUCUACUCUUGGGAUAUCGUUAUCCAGCGUGUGGGAAACAAACUGUUCUUCGAUAAGAGAGAUGGAUCACAGCUUGAUCUGUUGUCUGUUCACGAGACGUCUCAAGAGCCAUUGCCUGAGGCUAAAGAUGAUAUCAACUCUGCUUACUCUUUAGGUGUGGAAGCUGCUUAUAUCAAUCAGAACUUUUCUCAGCAGGUUUUGGUGAGAGAUGGGAAGAAAGAAACUUUUGAUGAGGCGAAUCCAUUCGCUAAUGAAGGUGAGGAGAUUGCUUCGGUCGCUUAUAGGUAUAGAAGAUGGAAGCUUGAUGAUAAUAUGCAUCUUGUAGCGAGGUGUGAGUUACAGAGUGUUGUUGAUCUCAACAAUCAGAGAUCGUUCCUCACUCUGAAUGCUCUUAACGAGUUUGAUCCUAAGUACUCUGGUGUUGACUGGAGGCAGAAGCUUGAAACUCAGAGAGGUGCGGUUUUGGCUACGGAGUUGAAGAACAAUGGGAAUAAGCUGGCUAAGUGGACUGCGCAGGCAGUCUUGGCUAAUGCUGAUAUGAUGAAGAUUGGUUUCGUCUCUAGGGUUCAUCCUCGUGAUAAUUUCAACCAUGUUAUGUUGUCUGUUUUGGGGUAUAAGCCGAAGGAUUUCGCUGGACAGAUAAAUCUGAACACUUCGAACAUGUGGGGGAUUGUGAAAUCUAUAGUUGAUAUUUGUAUGAAACUAAGCGAAGGAAAGUAUGUUCUAGUUAAGGAUCCAUCGAAGCCUCAAGUGAGGAUCUAUGAGGUUCCGCCUGAUGCUUUUGAGAAUGAUUAUGUUGAAGAACCUUUGCCUGAAGAUGAACAAGUACAGCCACCUGAGGAAAACGCUGCUGAGGGAGGAGAAGCAAGUGUCAAUUUUUGUUUUGGUUUCUUGGUUCUUUUGAGAGUUGAAAGCUUCAUCAACCAAACAACGACAAGGGAGGUCAUCGCAAAACCCUUCAAUGUCAGAACACAGAAACAUACGAUCAAGAACCUAAUAAGCACGAAACAACAUCAAAUCUCGAAAGAAAGAAAGGAAAUGGAUCCAAACACAAAAACAAUUCUCUUUUUCGCUUUGUUUUUCCUCUCUAUAACUUUCCCUCGUAUUUCCCUCGCCCAUGAGCCUGAAGUCGAUGAUGAAACAGCGUUUACGUACGAGCAAAAUCCAGACAAAGGACCAGAGGGAUGGAGCAAAGUAAAUCCUCAUUGGAAAACUUGUAACACCGGAAAAUAUCAAUCUCCGAUCGAUCUCUGUAACAAAAGAGUUAGUCUUAUUCAUGAUCAAGCAAUGACAAGACAGUACAAACCAGCCCCGGCUGUAAUUAUGAACAGAGGACAUGACGUUAUGGUAUCGUGGAAAGGAGAUGCUGGGAAAAUAACGAUACGUGGUACGGAGUUUAACUUGGUGCAAUGCCAUUGGCAUUCACCGUCUGAGCAUACCAUUAACGGAACUAGUUAUGACCUGGAGCUUCACAUGGUUCACACGAGUGCUCGGGGCAGAACCGCAGUGAUUGGAGUUCUUUAUAGAUUAGGCAAACCUAAUGAAUUCCUCGCAAAGCUACUAAAUGGAAUAAAAACAGUGGCGAAAAACGAGACAGAUUUAGGGAUCGUGGAUCCAAGAACUAUUAGAUUUCAAACCAAAAAAUUCUAUAGAUACAUUGGCUCUCUCACUGUUCCUCCAUGCACUGAAGGUGUUAUUUGGACUGUCGUCAAAAGGGUGAACACAAUAUCAACGGAGCAAAUUGCAGCACUAAGGAACGCCGUUGACGAUGGAUAUGAGACAAAUUCAAGACCGGUUCAAGACCUAAAUGGAAGAUCUGUUUGGUUCUACGAUCCAAAUGCU